AUGGGUAACUCUACCGAGGCCGCUCCAGAUUUCAAGCGAUCAAAGUUUCCGUCGACAACGGAGAAAUGUCACAACUACGGUAAAAUAGGUCACCGAGCGUCCGAUUGCCGUUCCAGAAGUGAGGUGAAAGGCAAGGCAACCAGUGCUGCCACUUCAGAAUCAAGCUCUUCGGGACCGAGGCAGCGUUCGGACAUCAUCUGUUUCAGAUGCGGCAACGCCGGACAUUUUGCUACGAAAUGUCCACGUGGCAACAGUGGAGGAGCUGGCGCGGCAGGAGGCGCUAGCAGUUCCGGAGCUGUUCCUGCAGCAGCGGCGAGUAACGAGAGGCGUGUGGAAGUUUGCUAUGUUAGCAAUCCCAGCGUCACGCUGAUGAACACAGUGGUGUGCCUAGAUCCCGGGUAA